GAUCAAGUGUUUCCGCAUCCAGCCUCUUUGUUAAUGUGAGAUGAAUAAGAUUAAUUUUCAAGGUUUUUUUUAUCAUUAAAUUCAAAUGCGACUUCUUUAGUUUUUUUUUAAUUUUAUUUUACCCGAUGACGUCACAGCUCUGAAUGCGUCGGAGUGAAGCAAAGCUAAAGAUAAAAAAAAAACGGCAAAUUGUUCAUGUGCUGUGAAACGUCAACGAUAAGAUUUUAUUUUUCUCAACAAUUUAAUUAAAGAUUUAAUGUCUUAGCAGUAGAUAUUUAAUCAGUAGCUCCUCAGAGUUUAAGUAGACCUGGUCUUAAUUUUAAAUUAAUUAUCAGGAUGGCGGGGAAGUUUAAAAUAAAUUUACAGCAAUUGCCUGUCAAAGCUCAUUAUUUCUUCUUCAUGGCAGCAAUGGGGCCCAUCCUGCCGUACCUGUCAGUUUACGGCAAACAAAUUGGAGUCUCUCCUCUUAUAAUGGGAACAGUUACAGGAAUUUUACCAGCUCUGUAUUUGAUAUCAAAACCAAUAUUCGGAUUUAUUGUCGAUUAUUUUCGUACUCAACGUAAGAUUAUUUUUAUCGGAGUAAUUGUUAUCGGAUCACUGUCACUGGUAUUAUUUUAUUUUCUACCGCAGUCACCAGUGGGAGAAUUCAAAAAAUUUUUAAGUUCUAGUUUUAAUGUUACGCCUUCUCUGUAUUGUGAUAGAGAGCCGUGUAAAUAUAAAGUAAUUAGUAGAGAAACAAAUAGUAAUGAGAUAAGUUAUCGCGCUGGUGUUACGUGCGCAUGGAAUUGUCAUGAAAAAAAAAGUAUCAAUGUAUCUGCGAUAUUAGCAGAUAGCUCUGGGGAGUUGGUACCGAUUUGCAUUGAUGAUGUAGUUGAUUAUAACGAAACAUGUCACAGUAAUGACAGUAAUUCAUUACCAUGUAAUGCAACAUGUUUGAUUAAUAAAAUAGAAAUAGACCAAGAUCACCUGUACUACAGUAUUAAAUUUUGGGGAUUUGUUAUCUUGAUGUCCAUCGGAUGUAUUUGUUUCAAUGUCGCUAAUUCUAUUAGCGACGCUAUUUGCUUUGAUGUCCUAGGUGAAGGCGGUCAUAUGGGAUAUGGACGUCAGAGAGUAUGGGGCUCUAUUGGAUGGGGUGUCACUGCACUAUCAGCUGGAUACGCUAUGGAUCUAGUGUCUGAAGAUGAUCAUUAUAAAUCUUAUACACCAGCUUUCAUUCUUGUUAUCGUCUUUACUUUCUUUGAUGUUCUCAGCUGUACAAAACUCGAGUUACCAAUAAUGACUGGGUCAGAUAAUAUUGCCAAAGAUGUUUGGAAACUUUUGAAAAUUAAGACGAUCGCUAUUUUUUUAAUAUUUGCGACAAUUGCUGGUAUAAUUGACAGCUACUUAAUUUAUUUUUUAUUCUGGUACAUUGAAGAUCUUGCUGAGCAAACUGAUUUCAUGAGCCAAAUAAAAUUAAUAGAAGGUCUUGUUAUCGCUGCUCAAACACUUGGCGGUGAAGUCAUUGCUUUUUUAUUGUCAGGAAAAAUUCUUAAAAAAUUUGGCUACGGAUAUACUUUAACAUUCUGCUUUGUCUGUUAUUCGUUACGUCUGGGAUUGAUUUCGCUGGCGCCAAAUCCUUGGUGGAUUGUAUUAAUUGAAUUAUUUAUGCAGGGACCAUCUUAUGCUUUGUGCUACACGAUAAUUGUUGGUUUUGCGAGUGUUGUAGCACCACCUGGUACUUCUGCUACCGUUCAAGGCCUCGUUGCAGGAAUGGAUGACGGAUUAGGUUUCGCAGUAGGCAGUUUAGUUGGUGGAAUUUUAUAUAAAAUAAUUGGAGGACAGAUGACUCUACGUUUAUUUUCUUUACUCGCUAUUGUAACUGCGAUUUUAUAUUUAAUUUUAUUUAUGACCAUUCUGAAAGACGGGAUGCCGAAGACUAAAAAUGACCGAAAUAAUGAUAAUGUCCAGUGGAAAAGUCCUCAAGAUGCUCUUGAUUAUUGCGACACUGCUGAAAUUAAUUAAAUUUAAUAAUUAAUCAUUUAAAGACAUAUUAUUUAACUUCAGUAUCAUUCAAAAUAACGAAAUAAAAUCAUUGCGCUGUAAUUUAAUUAAACGAUUACAUGAAAUUUAUUUUCUGACAACAUUCUAUUUGAAUAAAGACAUU